AUGUCUACAGCGGAACAGGUCAAGGAGGAUUACAACAAGUUCGCCCAGUCUUACAAUGAUGCAAGCGCCUUGCCCGCGGUAUUGCUCGAAUCCCAGCUGAUAAAGCUAGCAAUCGGCGACGCUACGGACUUAGUUGUCCUUGACAUUGGGGGUGGCAGUGGGAUUCACGCGCGAGAAGCUGUUGAAGCAGGAGCUAGACGCGUAGACAUUGUCGAUUUGUCUACCGAAAUGCUCAAGGUUGCUGAGGGAAUCGAGAAGUCACUCGAUCGCAAGGGCCGUAUGCGUUUCUUCGAAGCCGAUGCGGCCAAGCCAAUGGACCAUCUACCACUUGACGCGGGAUACGACAUCGUAAUGGCAAACUGGGUCUUUGAUCACGCUGGCGAUGUUGAUGCCUUCAAGGUGAUGUGGGCGAAUAUUUCCAAGUACCUUAAGCCUGGUGGCAGGUUUCUCGGCAUUCGAAUGGCAGAUUUGUUCGGUCCGGCUGCCAGCACUGACAAAUACGGAAUAUCUUUGAAAAAUGUGAAACCGACCCCAGAUGGCUUUGCAUACACUUGCUUGUUCCACGUGACACCCGCAUGGGAGUUUGAUGGCAAGACUGUAGAAAUGAGCUACUCGGGGUCAUUGGAAAUGCAUGAAAAGAGUGGCUUGACGGACAUUCAAGUGAUUCCAUAUGAAGAUACUGAGGCUGUCAAAAGCGACCCUGGCUACUGGGAACUUUGGCUGCAGAGACCCGUUUUUGCUGUUGUUCGAGGCACGAAGAGGAUCGUGUAG